ACGGCGGCGGCGCUGCUGCUGCUGCUGCGACAACCGCAAGCGAGCGACCGCCCGACGAACGCGUUUCUUUCUUUUCUUUUCGCUCUUCCUCGGUGCGCUCUUCUCUCUUGCCCCACGUCCCACCUCCCUUCCGUCCAGCAGCCUAGCCUCCGAGCGCUACGCGGCGACGUUGCGCUAGCCAUCGUCGGCGUGGUUGGCGCGCUCUGGCGCUUUGGGACGCGCCGUGGAGUCGGGGCGCGCGCGUUACCGGAUUCCGCAUCCCCCCGCGCUCCUUGGAUAGCGCUGCUGCUGCUCCUCACCGUCGUUCAGUGCUCGCGCCUUUUUUCUCCUCUCCGCUACUCUCCGCGGCAUCGUUCUCUCUCUCUCUCCUCUCCCUCCUCACGUCUUUUCGUGGCCAGCGAGAAGCAAGCAGCGUUCGCCGGUAGUUGCAUAGUCGCGGCUGUGACGAUCUCCAACCCACCACUGGAGCGACGGCGAGCUUCACGCCUUCCCAAACGCCGUACCAGGAGGAACACCCGGGAUAUAUUUUACACACACUGUUGUGGCGUGCAAGCCGCCUUGCAAGUGUCUUGCUCCCCCGCUGCCUUCGUUCAGCGUUGUUCGACGAGGAGCUUCGGUGGGAUCGUGCUGCUUCGACGUCAUACGGUGCUCCAGCGGGUGUGUUGUUUUUGCUCGUGGUGUUUGUGGUGUCGACGUCCCGCUGCGACGGUGCAUGGUGAUGAAGAAGAGUCCGAGGAGGAUGUGACGCCCCUCUUGCCGUUCUAACACCGGGACGUCAUGCGAAGUACGAGCGCCGAGAAGAAGCCGGUAGUAGUGGCGGUGAAGCCUGUGGCUAGGGCCGGACCACCGCCCCGGAGCGGUACGAGGCGGCGGUUGAAGCAACAGUGAUUGGAGUACACGGUCGUCGUCGUCGUCGUCGGCAGCGGCAGCAGCGGGCGGUGCGGCGUCGUCGCCCAGCGCGACGGCGUCCUCUGGUCUGCGCCACCAUGCAGCACCCUCAGCACACGCACGCACCGGGCCUCGUGGACGGAUACGCGGCCGCGCUGCCGAUGGACCUGCACGUGCCUCCGCCGCACCACCAGGGAUACCAUCCCUACUUCCGGUACCUGGACUCCUCCAUGGUCAUGAAGGCUGGCGGUGACGAUGGGACAGGAGCCGCGGUCGUCCAAUCACGUAUCCUCGAGAUGCGCAAGGAAAAGAGCCGGGACGCAGCCAGGUCACGGCGGGGCAAGGAGAACUACGAGUUUUACGAGCUGGCCAAGAUGCUGCCGCUACCGGCGGCCAUCACCAGCCAGCUCGACAAGGCCUCCAUCAUCCGCCUCACCAUUUCCUACCUGAAGCUCAGAGACUUUUCCCAGCACGGACACCGGCCCUGGCUCAGGGACAUGCAGCCCUCAAAGGCACUCAAAGGAGCUUCACUACGGGGACGAUCCAUAAACAACUUCGCAGUGGACAUUUUCGAGCAGCACCAAGGCACACACAUUCUACAGUCACUAGAUGGUUUUACCUUUGCGCUGGGAGCAGAUGGCCGCUUUUUGUACAUUUCGGAAACUGUGUCCAUCUACCUUGGGCUGUCUCAGGUGGAGAUGACGGGCAGCAGCGUGUUCGACUACGUGCACCACCAGGACCACGCCGAGUUGGCCGAGCAGCUGGGCAUCAACCUGUCGCAGUCGGUGUCCUCGCCGUCGGGCGGCUCGGGCGGCUCGGACGACGGCUCGUCGACGCCGAACUCGCUGGACAGGCCAGCCCCCGUGAUGACUCUCGGUAGCAGCGCAGCCUACAAGGGUCUAGAAAGGUCCUUCUGCGUACGCAUGAAGUCUACUCUUACGAAGCGAGGCUGCCACUUCAAGUCUUCCGGAUACCGGGUGGUUUUGGUCCUGUGCCACCUGCGGCCCCAGUACUCGUUCUCGCCCGGCCGCUCCAAGCAGCCGCCGCAGAUCCUGGGCAUGGUGGCGAUGGCGAUCGCGCUGCCGCCGCCCUCGGUCAACGAGGUGCGCCUCGAGUGCGACAUGUUCGUCACGCGGUUGGGCUUCGACUUCCGCGUCGCCCACUGCGAGCCCCGCGUCGCCGACCUGCUCGACUACAGCCCCGAGGACCUGGCCGGCCGGAACCUGUACACCCUUGUGCACGGCCAGGACGUGCAGAAACUGAGAAAGUGUCACGUGGACCUGAUGAACAAGGGCCAAGUGAUGAGCGGCUACUACCGGAUUAUGAACAAGAACGGCGGCUUCACCUGGAUGCAGACCUGUGCCACGGUCAUCUGCAACAACAAGAACUCCGAGGAGCAGAGCAUCAUCUGCGUGAACUACGUCCUCAGUGGCGUGGAGUACGAGCACUGCGUCAUGGACUGCAGCCAGAUGCGCGGCUUGGGCGACAUCAAGCCCGACGAUCCGAGCAAUUCCGAGAGGGGAUCCACGCCGGACAACGAACCACGAGAGGAACGGUCGCCGGGCCGUGCUGCCGAGCCUUCUCCCAAGAGCCACGAGGCGCCGCCAUCGUCCACCCCCGCACUGGGAGGGAGUCAGGACGUUCCCUCUGCCGCCGAGCAGCAGCAGCACUUGACGCAGCUGGGCGCUGUGGGGAAGCUCGACUCGCUCAGGAAUGCCAAGAUUCGGGGCACAAGGAGGUCCGAUUCGAACUACAUUCAAAUGGCCUGCCACACGUACGUGGAUGCCUACCAGGAGGGAGCCGAACAUCCGUCGGCGAGUCCAGCGCGCUACGAGGCCGCGCCGGCCGGCAACGCCAAGAGUUCGCGCAAGCGGAGCUCGGACGAAGCGGCUGGCGGAAGCCGCGCCAGCCCCAAGUGCUCGCGGCCGGGUAGCCGCGCGUCGAGCCUACAGCCGCCAAGCCCGGCCCGGAGCCUCCCACCGCCGGACGGCUACGGGCGCGCCUCCGAGCCGCCGCUGGUGGUCGUCGACGACCCGGCGUCGUCCUCGUCCACCGGCGCCGUCUCCUCCCAGGGCGGCCCGACGUCGGGCAACGGCGACGACUCCUGCGACGGCCCCGACGGUCUGUCGCGGCCCUGGAAGGCGGGGGGAGGAAGCGGCCAGGUUUCCACCGGCGAAGGGCUCACCGUGCGCGAGCUGGAGGACGCCAUGAAGAAGCACUUGCCCGAGGUGCGCUCCACGCGCUCGGCGGCCAUCCAGUGGAUCGGGGCGCCCCACCAGUCCGGCGCCGCCGGAGCGUCGCCGCACGCCGCCGGCGGACCCUUGCCUGCGUCGACGCUGCUACGGCAGCUGUACGUCAACCGCGAGUCGGUCAUACGGUCCGGGUCGCACGUGUCCGCCGCCUCCUCGCGGCCGACGUACUACGGAGACGUGCCGACGCCCCCCGAGGGACCGUGGACGACGCCCGACGCGUUCGUCCUGCCCCCGUACGCCGGCUACGUCGAGCCGCCGCCCCCGUUCUCGGCCGUGACGCCGCCGUCCUCGGUGUCGCCUCGCGACAACAAGCUGGGGCUCGCCGAGAGCCCGGCCUUCUCCGAGGCGGCGGCCGUGGCCGCGGCGGCGGCGAUGCCGCACAUGCGCCACUACGUGUCCGCGGCCGAGUUGCCCCUCAAGCCGCAGGUGCUGGUCCACCCCGGAAGCCUGGACUACGCGACGCCUCAGGAGCAGCAGCUCUACGCGGGCGGAUUCCACUUGUACGGCAAGCCCAACGGUGCCUGGUACUCGCAGCAGCCGAACACGUAGCGCGGCCUCUCGGCAACCCUGUGAAUCGCCCACUUGUUCUCUGGCUGCUUCCGUGUGCGCGCGCGUGUGUAAAUGUGUGACUUUUGACGAGUCUGUUGCGGCGCCCUCUGCGAACACUUUGGACACAACACAAGACCAACGGGCGUACGCCGAUUCGCGUCGGCGGAGGGCUGCCCUAGAUUUACCUUGCGCGAGUACGUCCCGGUGGCUCGGUAUAAUAAUUACGAAGAGUGUUGUCUGCUGCAACUUCUUACGUGAGCGCGAUGGUCCGCGUUCGCGAAAUGAAAACGAAACAAACAAAAAAAUUGUGGAGAUAUCCCAGUGACACGGCUUUCCUUGCUUCUGUUUGUUCUUUUUCUUUCUUUUUUUUUCAUGGUGAGCCCCGUGUUGUAGUAUUUGUUGUUGCCGUUGGUCUCAGCUCCCCUGUGUACCCAGCUUUUUCGAACACUACUUUGUCAACUCCUGACAGAGUGGUGUCUCUUCCAACUUCCUUCAAAUGCCUUUGGUGUACAUAUAUAUGUCCUCCUCGUACGGAAACCCGAGAGCUCAGUCGGCAUUGAUGCCACAAAUACAUUCCACGUUUGUGAGGACUUUUUGCUUUUCCUUUUCGUUUUGGUACGUUUUCGUUUUUGUUUCUCUCGUCAGCAGAUCCUGCGAGUGUGCCUGUUUGCGUGACUGUACAUCGAGCUUGUGUACGUCGCCUUUUUUUUAUUUUCUCAUUUCUUUUUGCUCAGUGUCUUAAAUGGGCCCUGCAACACCUCCUUCCUGCGCGUGAUAUUUCAUUUCGUCGACGCAGUUGCGUCAGGAUUCACACCGGUUCGUCAUCGAAUAUGAAGGCUGCCAUUGGGUGUUUAUCUUGAACGAGAGUAGAGAGCGCGCUCACGAGCGCAUUGGUCAAAAAAAAAGAAAGAAAAGAAUGUUUACGCUAUCUUCCUUGGAGUAGAAACCUGUUCACAACGUUUCUCAUUUUUCGUUUUUCAAUCAAUGAAACCAUUCUCAACAAUUACCCGGGGCGUUUCCAUCCGACCGGAGGUAAUUUGAGUGACAAGCUGUCUAGUGCGUGCUAACAUCUGACAUCUGUUAUAUUAAAUUUCGUUAGAGAUGUUUGUCACGAAGUUCGCGAGAGAAUCGGCCAUGCGAUGCUUCUGUGUUAGGAGAAUGACCCAGCAAGGUACUCGACAUUAAAGGAAGUGUCAUGACUGAUAACUGGUGCGCGAAGCCAUAGAAAGGAAAGGAACCUCAACAUGACGCCACUCUGACAUUAUGAAUUUCACUUGCUUUCCUUUUUGUAUCUGUAAUUGCUUCCUUUGUGGAGAAAGAAAUGGAGAAAAAACAUUAGCAGUAAAAAUGAACGCCAAACUUUUGUUUUAUUAGCUACCCCAUUAAAACCGUGGCACCUAUGACCUCACUGUAGCGUUAUGUAUUUCGCCGUGUUUCCUCGUGCCUGGACUCCCGUGUGGCGCAUGAAAAAACUCCGCAAAUGUUGCCGGAUAGAGUAUUUGCUCACGUUCAAGCUUGCUCAAAUUGGUUACCAGUUAAGCAGCCGCGAACGUAUGCUGCCAAAAUCAGUGAUAUCAUGGUGAACAACUGGUGCUGCAAUAGAGGAGUGGCGUCGCCACCAGUCUUUCGCUCGUGCGUUCUUUUUUUGGCCACUAGGGCCCGGAUAACCUUAGCAGUGAGGCAAUCGUAUUUGCAGAAGUGUAGCAUAUCAAUUAUGUUGUUAAACCUGAAGUGCCCGUUUUCGGACUAGCUGUAAGCUUCGACUCACUGGAACAGGGGAGAGGAAAAGUGGCACGCUCUACAAGAAGCGACUGCUCUGGCGGACGGUGUUUGCAGGACCCAUUUAAGGCAUGCGUGAGUGCGUGUGGGUUAUUGUGUUGUGUACCGGUGCAUCCUCCGCAUGGCUAAUGCCCUCGCCCGUGCUUCGGCCUCUCUGCCCUCCUUUCCACUUCCGCCCCCUCUCCACCACGAGGCUGUGUGCGGAGCAGGCGUGCGUGGCGGACAGCCAUGUUGGCGAAUUGUGAUACAAAAUUUAUAUAGAUAUAAGAUAUCUAUAUAUUAUAUAUACACUUAAUAUAGCAUAGAAAACCCGUUAUAGGAGACGAGGCAGCGUACGCGGUGCAGUGAACGCCGUGUUUUUUUUUUUUCUCGUUCUUCUCCUCAUUCUUGUGCUCCAUUUAACUCUCACUCUUUUUACACCCACGACUUCUGUUGCAGUCUUGAGCUCAGAGCAGAGUUCGACGUGAUAGCGGGCUCUAAUUCUAUGUCAUUUCCUUGGAAGUGCUUGAAUAGUGAAAUCUUCGAAUGGGAAUAUUGUAAGAGCGCGUACCUAGAUUUUCGGAUUGAGCAACUAAUAUUGUCCCGCUUUUACGAGUAGAAAAAAAACUUGGCGACUUAAGGUGGCUCAAAAUUGAUUUAUUUCCCCCAUUACGCUCUAUCCUUUUCUGAAGUUCAUUCUUCUAGGAAGCUGUAAAUAUGCAAAGUAAGUGUGAGGUGGCAGUCACCACACCUUCUGGUUGUCUUACAACUGGUACAUCAAGCGGCCGCUGACUUAAAGCAUAGUUUAUUUUCUUAACAGGGAAUGCAGAUUAAAUGUAGUGACCCCGUUCAUUCAGCAAAAGAUCGCACAUUCGCAAUCAAAUGCUUUCAGGUUUCUUUUCGCAUACUUAAGAAUAUCCAAAAAGAGAUACUUGAAGAAAAAGUAAAUAUCGAAGUUUGCAUAUUUAAAAAUCAAUACUGUCUUGUUCGAUAUGGCAUAUUCUGAAAUAUUCAUAUCUGAAUGUCGAAUAUUCAAAAAUCCACUAAUUUCAUAUUCGACAUCGCAUAUUCAAUUAUUGAAUAUUUUUUACUUGGUGAUCCAAUGAUCGAAUGUUC